AUGGAAGAACUUACAGCUUUUGUCUCCAAGUCGUUUGAUCAGAAAGUGAAAGAGAAAAAGGAGCUGAUCACAUACAGGGAGGUUCUGGAGAGUGGACCUGUCAGAGGAGGCAAGGAGUCAGGCGGCUCCAGCGAGCCCAGCCGGGAAGACGUGAGCAGCCCCGCGGUCCGAGCAGGAGGAGUAGGCGGCGGCGGUGGAGGAGGCGGAGCGCGGUCUCCAGUCAGAGAGCUGGACAUGGGCGCCGCCGAGAGAGCCAGGGACACGGGCACUCCCAAACUCAGCGAGGGUAAAGGCAAACCCCAUGCAUCCCGCGGCCCCCUUCUCUCCCACCCAUCCCCCGGUAUCGCUUAUAGGUUAGUAGUCUCCCCAGAGCUGAAGGAUCGCAAAGAGGAUGCGAAAGUGAUGGAGGACGAAGGGCAGACUAAAAUCAAGCAGAGGAGAAGCCGGACCAAUUUCACUCUGGAGCAGCUGAACGAGCUGGAAAGGCUUUUCGAUGAGACACACUAUCCGGACGCCUUCAUGCGGGAGGAGCUGAGCCAGAGGCUGGGAUUGUCCGAGGCCAGAGUACAGGUCUGGUUUCAAAACAGAAGAGCUAAAUGUAGAAAACAAGAAAAUCAACUUCAUAAAGGGGUUCUUAUAGGAGCAGCCAGUCAAUUUGAAGCUUGCAGAGUUGCACCAUAUGUCAAUGUAGGCGCUUUGAGGAUGCCAUUUCAGCAGGAUAGUCAUUGCAACGUGACGCCCUUGUCCUUUCAGGUUCAGGCCCAGCUGCAGUUGGACAGCGCCGUGGCACACGCACAUCACCACCUCCACCCACACCUGGCCGCUCACGCCCCCUACAUGAUGUUCCCUGCGCCGCCCUUCGGCCUGCCAUUGGCCACACUGGCCGCGGAAUCCGCCUCAGCAGCUUCGGUGGUGGCAGCAGCGGCGGCAGCCAAGACCACCAGCAAGAACUCCAGCAUCGCUGACCUCAGACUGAAAGCCAAAAAGCACGCGGCUGCUUUAGGGCUGUGA